GAUAAAAACUAGGGAUGAGGUGGGAGAGCGAGUGGUGAUGGUUGGUGGAUAGCCGUAUGUGUGUAGAGAGCGAGCGAACGAGCCAGAGACCAAGAAUAUGGCGUUGGUGGCGGCUGCUGCAAGUUAUGGUCAUGCUGCCGCCGCCGCAAAUAAUCUAAUUGUCGUCCCGCUAUCAAAACCCAGGAUAUUGGGGGCGUUUCCCUCUUUAUCCCAUCUCGACCUUCUUCACAAAAUCCCUACUCCUCCUCAUCAUAACUUCUAUGAUUUCCCCCUUCAAUUUGGUCGUCUCAAUCAUCAUCAUCAUCAUCAUCAUAAUUACAGUGCUAGUUACAGAACAAAGCCGGCCUUUACCAUAAGCAGCUCCUCCUCCUCCUCCUCCUCAGCCACCACUACUGAUGUAACUGAAGCUGGCGACGAUGGCGGCAGCAGCAGCCUCACUACUGACAUAUCUUCCAGGUGGGUGGAGUUUGCGAAGAACGUGUCCGGAGAGUGGGAUGGGUACGAGGCUGAAUUUUCCAAGGAAGGGAAGCCCAUGGAGCUUCCAGAAUCAGUAGUCCCCGAAGCUUACAGGGAGUGGGAAGUCAAGCUGUUCGAUUGGCAGACGCAGUGUCCCACUCUCGCUCGCCCUCGCCCUGAUCCUGAUGAAUACCUUGUCUUGUAUAAAUCCAUGAGGCUACUUCCCACUGUUGGAUGCGAGGCCGAUGCUGCUACGCGCCACAGUGUCGAUGAGAGGACCAUAGGAUUAGGAUUAGGCGGUUUGGAAGAUAACUCCUCUGGCUACUACUACUGCGCAGCAUUUGCAUAUCAAUCUACCGGAUGUUAUGUGGCAGUUUGGGUGAAGGAGGAGCUGGAGAAGGACAGAUUGCUGCUGAUGGAGUUGGAACACUGCUUGAUUGAUCCUCGGAAUCGCGAAUCGCGCGUCCGGAUAGUUCAGCGUGCCCGUCUUGAUGGAAGAAGCACUGAUAAGAAGAAGUUGGUAUUACAGAAUGUGAAGGUGUGCUGUGAGCAGUGGUAUGGACCUUUUAGAAAUGGAGAGCAAUUAGGUGGAUGCGCCAUUCGUGAUUCAGCAUUUGCCUCCACCGAUGCAUUAAAAGCUUCACAACUCACUGGUGUUUGGCAGGGCCUCCAUGCUGUUGCCUCCUUCCAUAAUUCUCCAACCAAGCAGAACAUUAUUCAUCAAGAACUUGUAGAUGACAGCGUGCGGAAGACAGUGAGAGAUGAGAAUAACAUAAUUAUUAAUAAGAAUGUGGUAUUGCUUCCCAAGCAAUUGUGGUGUUGGGUGGAAGAAAGAGAAGACGGUGAAACCUGGUGUGAGGUGGGCUGGCUACUGGAUCACGGCCGUGCUAUCACAUCAAAAUGCAUUUUUUCACCUGAUGGUACCCAGUUAAAGGAAAUUGCCAUGGCACAGGAAACUGCAAUGGUAAAGGAGCAAGGACAAUAACAGCAAUAUUUGAAUGAAUCUUCAUCAUCAAGCUGCAACAGCAACAGCAAAAGCAGCAGCUUUAAUUGGAUACG